GUACCAGGAUCAUCUACGAUCGUAAGUUUUUGAUGGAGUGCCGCAAUUCUCCGGUGGCCAAAACACCUCCUUCUGACCUUCCGGACAUUCCAGGCGUUACAAGCCCAAAUGUGGAGGAGUUGAAGAUCGAGAACAACCAUGUCCAGAACUGCGAUGAGAAAGCGAGCGCAGGUGAGGAAGAGCAGUUUGACAUGGACAUCUAAAGCACAUGCCCUGAGAGUGCUUAUCCAGUGAAGAACCAGGACCUUGUCUUGAGGAUUCCCACCAGCCAGGCUUAACAGUAGCCCAUGCCUUGAGUGCCUUCCUGCUUCCUGGGAAAGGCAGAUCCUUCCCUCCUGAGAACAGGGUGCGUCCUGCGACAGGGACUGGUCCCAGCCUCUCCGUGGGGGUGCCAGCACACCAGCACAGCCCCUGCUGAUGACGGGCCUCGGAGUGCCGGAGGAGACACUCUCAAUGAUUGGUUUUGUUUCCAGUUUUAUGCUUUUGUUAAUCAUUUUAAUACUGUAAAAGUACAGAAACGCAAUAUAAGGAAGAAAUAAAAAUCAGUUCGAGUCUCCUGCUGUG